AGAUUCAAAGUGUGGGAAAAUUCAGUGUCAAGGGGGAGCCAGUCGACCUGUGAUAGGCACCAAUGCUGUCUCAAUAGAAACAAACAUCCCUUUACCAGGAGGAGGCAAAAUUCUGUGCCGAGGAACACACGUUUACUUGGGGGAUGACAUGCCAGAUCCAGGUCUUGUCUUGGCGGGAACAAAAUGUGAAGAUGGAAAAAUUUGUCUUAACCGCCGCUGCCAAAACACCAGUGUAUUGGGUGUUCAUCAAUGUGCAACAAAAUGUCACGGGCGUGGGGAAAUUCAUAUGCUUAUUUUGCUGUCUGUGAGUCAAACAAGGCCUUCCAGUUCAUCUGAAUCUAAUCAUGUUCAUACCGCAACGUCCCUCAGUAAGAAACUAGACAAACAGCCACAAAACUCAACCACACCCAGGAGAAACAACAUACAACAAUUGCUCCAGUAUCAGAAAAGAGAUAUUGGCUACUUUGGGAAGGCCCAGGAUGUAUCGAAAUGGAGCCCACCAGAGAGGAUCCAGCCACAUCUUUCUGAGCUCUCCAGCCAACAGUCUGUGUUUGGAAAGGGGCUGCCCACCAAGCCCCCUCUGAAAUUUGACCUGGAAUCUUGCAAACCAAGUCCUCCUCAGAAGCCUUUGCCUGCUAAUCCUCAGAAGAACAAAGCUGUGCAGAUUAAACCUAGUUCUAGGACAAUGUUUGAGCUUCCAAAACCUAUGCCUCAAAUUGCUCCUGUCAGGAUGUGGAAUCCUUAA